UCAUUUUAUGAGUUUCCUGUGUUUCUCUGUUUUGCUUUGUAAGGCCUGAAAUUGUCUUACUUUCUUUUGAGUGAUUGAGAUAGGAAUUUCCCCAACUUUUAUGGAUGAAUACUCUAUAACAAGAAUGGCAUUUAACUUCUCUUUGGUCUCAGUAUGCACAAGCCAACGAACUUAGGUCACUUCUUGAUAAAAACUACAGUUAAAUUUUAGGUUUUUGUGGAGGUAGCCAAGAUAAGAUUUUGCUCUGGGGGGUGCAUAAUGAAGGGGAUCAUUAUCGGCCUUUUUCCAAGCCACCCAACCUUAAAAUGCCUCCAACUCUGAGAGCAGUGGUUGCUCGAGCUUGGCUUCUUUUGUCUUUCCUGUCCCAUCCCCCAUCUCCUUUUGGGAGACUUGGGAUUCAAAUGUAGAUGAAAUGCAGAUUCUUGGGAGAAUGGAAGAAGUGAUUGGUUGGGAUAUCGAGUGGGGAAAGCAAAGAACUUCUAAUUUAAGAUGUUAGCCAUUGUUCUGCCAAGAUGCGGAGUGGCUUUAACUCCUGAUCUGAAGAGUCUUGAGUGGUGCCGACUGUCCGUUACCCACUGUCCGUAUAAAUUUGGAAAAGGAGUUAGCUGGUGUCUGCUGGUAUCCACCACACACUCACCUCAGGUUGAAAGGAUCGUUGACAAAAGGAAAAACAAGAAAGGGAAGACGGAAUAUUUGGUUAGGUGGAAAGGCUACGACAGUGAGGACGACACCUGGGAGCCAGAGCAGCACCUGGUGAACUGCGAGGAGUACAUCCACGACUUCAACCGGCGCCACACGGAGAAGCAGAAGGAGGGCACCUUCACCAGAACCAACCGGACCUCCCCGAACAAUGCUCGGAAGCAGAUCUCCAGAUCAACCAACAGCAGCUUCUCCAAGGCCGCCCCCAAAGCCCUAGUGGUGGGCAAGGAGCAUGAGGCCAAGAGCAGCCCGCUGUUUGCCACCAGCCAGAAGUUCCGGAAGAGCCCCGCACCAGGCCUGGCCGCCCGCAAGAACAUGGACCUGGCCCGGUCGGGCAUCAAGAUCCUCGUGCCCAAGAGCCCCAUCAAGAGCAGGACCGCGGUGGACGGCUUUCAGGACGAGAGCCCCGAGAAGCCGGACCCCGUGGAGCAGGGGCCGGAGGACACGGCGGCCCCGGAGGCGGCGGCCGAGAAGCCCGUGGGGGCCCUACUGGGCCCUGGGGCAGAGCGGGCACGGAUGGGGAGCCGGCCCCGGAUACACCCGCUGGUGCCACAGGCGUCUGGCCCCGUGACGGCGGCCAUGGCCACGGGGCUGGCCGUAAACGGGAAAGGCACCUCCCCGUUCAUGGACGCGCUGACGGCCAACGGGACCACCACCCUGCAGACGUCGGUCACGGGCGUGACGGCCGGGAAGAGGAAGUUCAUCGAUGACAGGCGAGACCAGCCCUUUGACAAGCGGCUGCGCUUCAGCGUGCGGCAGACGGAGAGCGCCUACAGGUACCGGGACAUCGUGGUCCGGAAGCAGGACGGCUUCACCCACAUCCUGCUGUCCACCAAGUCGUCCGAGAACAACUCGCUCAACCCAGAGGUGAUGAAGGAGCUGCAGAGCGCGCUGAGCACGGCCGCGGCCGACGACAGCAAGCUGGUGCUGCUGAGCGCUGUGGGCAGCGUCUUCUGCUGCGGCCUGGACUUCAUCUACUUCAUCCGGCGCCUGACGGACGACCGCAAGAGGGAGAGCGCCAGGAUGGCCGAGGCCAUCAGAAACUUUGUGAACACCUUCAUUCAGUUCAAGAAGCCUAUUAUCGUAGCCGUGAAUGGCCCGGCCAUUGGGCUAGGCGCAUCCAUCCUGCCUCUCUGUGAUGUGGUCUGGGCCAAUGAAAAGGCGUGGUUCCAGACGCCCUACACCACCUUUGGGCAGAGUCCAGACGGCUGUUCCACUGUCAUGUUCCCGAAGAUUAUGGGAGGAGCAUCUGCGAAUGAAAUGCUGCUCAGCGGGCGGAAGCUAACAGCACAGGAGGCGUGCGGCAAAGGGCUGGUCUCCCAGGUGUUCUGGCCUGGGACCUUCACCCAGGAAGUCAUGGUCCGCAUCAAGGAGCUCGCCUCCUGCAACCCCGUCGUGCUCGAGGAAUCCAAGGCCCUUGUGCGCUGCAACAUGAGGCUGGAGCUGGAGCAGGCCAACGAGCGGGAGUGCGAGGUGCUGAAGAAGAUCUGGGGCUCGGCUCAGGGCAUGGACUCCAUGCUCAAGUACCUGCAGAGGAAGAUCGAUGAGUUCUGACGGCCGGGUUGCCCGACCUCACUGCCCGGGCCAGGCUCGCCCGGAGCUCCUACUGGGAAGCAGGACUUGAGACAGCCAAGCUAUUUAUUGCCAAGGAGUUUUUAAGUACUGUAACUUUAAAAUAAAUAACUACAAAACUC